AUGAAGAUUAUAAUUCUUCAGCUGUUUGUAAAGAUAUCAUUAUUUUUAUUUUUUUUUGUUCAUAAAAAUUUUAUAUAUACUUAUAAGAUCCAUGGAGGUUUCUUAAAAUAUGACAAUUAUAAUAAAAGGGGAAUAUUAUUGAGAAGCUCUUUUGAGGAGGAGGAGAAAAAUGUGUAUGGUUCAGAUAUUAUGUUAAGAAAAUCUGAUACUGUGGAAAAAAAUAAGAGAAAGAUAAGAUAUUCAUUUAGUCCUAUAAAAACAAAUACUAUAAUGAAUAUAAAAAAGAAGAUUGCAUUAAAUGAAAGAAAUAAUAAUUCUGUAAAAAAUAAAAAAUAUAAUUUUACGAGGUCUGCUAUUGGGGGUGGGAAAAAGAAAAUAAGAGAAAACCAAAAAAAUGAUAUACAUAAAUCAUUAAUAGAUGAUAUAAAUAAAGAAAGACUUAAAGAAAAAAUAUAUUCUAUAAAAAAUAUGGAUAAUGAUAACAAUGAUAUGAAGAUAAGAGAUGAUGAUAAUAUGAAUAUUUUACCUUUACCUGUUGAAAAAAAUGGAGAAGGAUAUAAUUGCCUUAUAUUAUGUAAAGGUUUGCCUUUCCAUGUUGAUAAUUCACAAAUAAUUGAAUUUUUUAAACCUUAUAAAAUUAUGGAGAAAUAUAUAAUAUUUAUGAGAGAUAAGAAAGGACAUUUUUUUGGUGAUAUAUUAGUUAGAUUUAUAAAUAAGGAACAAAAAUAUUUAGCAUUAAAAAAUAAAAAUUUUAAAUUCUUAUUACAUAGAUAUAUACAAUUAUAUCAUGUAAAUGAAGAACAUUAUGAAGAAUAUUAUAAUAUAGGUUAUAAAAAUCCUCCAGCAUAUAAAAAUUAUAUACCUAUUAAAAAUAUCAUCCUUCCAAAUACUAUUGAUGAUACUACAAAUUAUGCAUUUAAUGAUACUGAUCUUACUUAUAAUUAUAAUGAAAAUAAUCAUAAUUAUCAUUUUGGAGAUGAUAAUAUACAUUCAUUUAAUUAUAAUCAAGAUGAUGAUGAAGAAACCAAAGAACUUCGUGAUAAGGUAAAUGUAAAUGGUAUAAUGUUAAAAAAUUUAUAUACAGGUAGAAAAUUAAAAGGAAGAAUUACAUCAGUUCAUUCUUAUGGGGCAUUUCUUGACUGUGAUGUGUAUAUAAAAAAUGAAGAUAAUCGAUAUAAGAAAAUUUUAGCUUUGCUUCAUAAAAAUAAAUUGACCUUAAAUGUCGGAUUAUCAACAGAUACGUCAAGUGAGAAAGAAAACAAGGAACUUAUAUUACAAAAAAAUAUGAACAUAAUAGUAUAUGUGGAUAAAAUUAUAAAACGGGAACUUCCUUCAUCAACAUACAAAAUAAAGAAUGAAAUGAUAAAUCAUAAAUUAAAUAAAAAUGAAUAUAAUAAUAAACAUAAUAAUGAUAUCAAUACUACUAAUUGUAGUACAGAAAAAGACAACAAUUUUAUUUUCUUUAAUUUAACUUUAGAUUCUUCAAUAACAGAAGAAAAAAUUAACUGGCUACAAAAUUUGAAGUUAAAGAAAGAUUCAAUAAAUCAAAAAAUUCUUUUAAACAAUGAAAAAGUGAAUCAGACAAAUAAAAAAGACAUGAACAAAAAUAAGAAUAAUUAUGAUAACAAAAUGGAUAAUAAUGAUAGUAAUAAUUUUAUAGUGCAAUGUGAAAGCAGCAAUGAUAAUAUAUUAGAUCCAUCCUAUAAAAAUGAAAAUCAAAUUGGCAAUAAUCAAAUGAAUUAUAUAGAUAAUAACAAUAAUCAAAAUUAUAAUGAAGAGGAUAACAAAAAAAACAAAAACAAAAACAAAAACAAAUUUAAAAGUAUUAUAACAGAUAAACCUAAUAAUGAUUUUAAUGAUAAUACCAUUAUCAAUAAUAAUAAUAUUAUAAGAAAAAAUCGAGUAAGCAAAGUUUUCUUGAUGAAUAAUAAAAUGUGCAAUAAUCAUUGUAUAAAAAAAAAAAAAAAUUAUUUUUAUAAUAAUACAUAUAAGGAAAAAUUCUCAUACGGAAAAAAUUUUAAUAUGAUAUUUGAAAAUGAAAAUGUCGAAAGAGCAAAUAUAAAUAAAAAGGAAGAUGAAAAUAUUGAAGAGAUGAAGAAAAUAAAAAAAGAGAAAAAAAAAAAAAAAAAAAAGGAAAAAAAAUUGGAACAAAGUAAAUUAAAUGAUAAUAGUAUGGAAAGUGUUGAAGCGUUUGACACGUUUGACGAUUUUAGUGAGUUUGAUGACUUAUUUGAUAAUAAUAUAAAUGAUGAAGAUGAUAAUAAUAUAGCAAACAAUGAAACUAUUAUAGAUACAGUGGGUCAUAUAAAUGAAAAUAUAAAUAAUAAUAAUAUUAAUAAUAAUAAUAAUAAUAAUAAUAAUAAUAAUAAUGAUGAUGAUAAUUAUUAUAAAGACGAAAUGAAUUGCAUACUGAAAAAUAUAUAUAGUCACAAAGAAACUAAUGAUAAUAAAAAAAAGAGCUCUUCUGAUACAAAGGAAAUAAAAUCAAUGAAAAAUUCAGAUAGUAAUAAAAUGAAGAAAUACAUACAAACAAGACAUAAUAAUGAUGAUCAUAAUGAUGAUAAGAGUGAACAUUAUGAUGAUAGUGAUGAUAAGAGUGAACCUUAUGAUAAUGAAAAAAAUAGUCCUUCCGAAUUUGAAAAGUGUAAAUCUUUUGAACGUUUAAGUGACAGAGAAAAAUGGAAAAGUGAUAUUAGAAGAGAAGAAUCAUUAUAUUAUACAAAAUUAUUUAAAUGUAAUGAAGAUAUUAAUGAUUAUUAUUCUACUGAUAAUAAGAAAGAAAGAGCAGAUGAUAAUUCAUCAGAUGAAGAUAAUUCAGAAAUGGAUGAAAUGGUAAAUGAUAAUAUGAUGUUUAAUGCGAAAUUAAAUGAAAGUAAUAAUGAAUUAAAUUAUAAAUUGAAUGAUAAUGAGAAUAAUUUUAAUAAUAAUAAUUCUUGUGAUUUCUCAUCUUUCUCAGAUAUGUCUAUAGACGAAUUAAAAGAAGAAAUAUAUAAAAGAAAAUAUUUAUUACCUAUAGAUGUAACACAUGAUAAUUUAAAAAGUAGAUUAAUACAAAUAUGUAUAUGUGAAAAGAAUAAAUUGAAAUUUGAUAAUUUCCCUGUUAUUAGAUAUUAUCUAUAUGAUGUACAUUUUACAAUAGAAGAAAUAAAAAUGAUUAUAUUAACUAAUAAAAAAUUUUUAAAUAAAACAAAUAUAAAUAAAUCUUUUUUAGAUUCUUUAAAUAUAAAUGAACUCAAAUAUUUAUUACAUAAAUCAAUGGAAAAUUUCCGUUUAUGGGAACCAGAGGAUAAUAUCAAAAGAAAAAUUUUAAAUAUGAAUAAAGAUUUAUUAUUAAAACAAAAUUUAAACAAUACAGAUAAUAUUGACGAAAGAAACUUACUUAUAUUAUGGAAUGAUUUUAAAGAUUUUAUGUUAAAUUUUAUAUAUACCAUUGAUGAAACCUCUGAUCCUUUAGAAGAUAUAAGAAAUAUAAAUAUGGAUACUAUUCAAAGCACUCGUCUCAAAAAUGAUAAUACUUAUAAUAAUAAUGAUAAUAGUUGUAAUAGUAACUUAUAUCAUAAUAAUUUUAUAUAUAGAAUGAAAAAAUUAGAAAAAGAAAACUUUUUUCUCAAACAUAAUCAACCUUUAAACAAUCAAAUACAAAAUCAAUUAAACACAAAAAAUCAUGAAAAUAAAGAUGCAUUUGAAAACGCAUGGUUAAAGUUAAAUGAAAUCAAUAAAGAAAAUGAACAGGAUUUACCACAUAAGAUUGAUGUAAAAAAAGCUAUGGCCAUUCUAAACGAUAGGUCCUUAUUAAAAAAAAUGAAAAAAUCUAUUGACGAUGUAUCAGAUGAACAUGGAAAUAAAAAUUAUAUAAAUAAAGUUAUUCGUUCUAUUUUAAAACAUAAAAAUUAUUUUAAUGAAGAACUAAAUGAGGAAAAAUUGAAAAAUAUGUCUUAUGAUCAAUUAUUGAUCUUGCUAGAUAAACUACCCCUCGAAAUUAUAGAAGAGUUACUGUAA